UAGCGCUGAUUGGUUCGUAGCCUGAACAUGGGCGGAGUCUAUCAUCACACUGUUUGUUAGAGUGAGAGCUGUGUGUGUUUUGGUUGUUUAGCACGGUGUAAAUUCUCGCCAGUGUAGAAAAUGUCUCACAGAAAGCCCAGUUUCCUAACGGACAGCUAUGACUGCGAUAGCACCCAGAGCAGCGUAGUUGUGGAGCAGCUGAGAGCUGUGGAGGAGCCGGGGGAGCACACGGUGGACUAUGAGCGGUGCUGUGUUCUACACUGCGCCAAGUGCAGCACGGUCAUAGCUGACUCCCUGUCCGCCUGUGGGGAGGCUAAGAGUAUCAAAUCCAUCAUUUGCCUGAAAGUCACUCAGGACGUAAAAGUCAGAGGGAAGUUUGAGGUAUGUCUAGAGGGUCCUCUGGCUUUUUGCACUUACAGAGUCCUUGAAUGCGGUAUUUGUCAUCGCAGCAUGGGUGUCAUCCUGCACUCCACUCCAACACAUUGGUCCAGCUUGCGAAAUCUCUUUCUCUUGCGGAAAGAAGUUCUAAAUUGUUACAUGCUAAGCAAGUGCACCGUGGUGAAAGCUACCAAAGUCAGCUUUGAAACCAGACCUAUAAGAAAAAACAUCAUUGAGCUGCAGCAGGAUUUGCAAGCUCAGCUGAAGCAGGUUGAAAUGUUGAAGGAAGUUUUGGAAGAAAAGAGCAGUCUUAGAGUGGACCAGAGGAGAGUCCGGCCCAAUGCCAGUGCCAGCACUUCUCGCUCCACUGCACUGCUAACCAGCGGCAGCAAAUAGUCGAUGUUUUCUAUUGUUCACAGUUACAUCCCUGAGUUGUCGAUGUUGGAGCUGAAAUUGUAAAGUUGUCUCAAUUUUUUGUAGAACUGCAAAUUUGUUUGUUGUUUUUGUUAACGUUCUGUAAAAAUGACUGAUAAACAGUUACAUUCUGUGUUCAGAUGUCGGCGUAGAGGAUGUGUUUAAAUAUGUACGUAUGUAUUUAUUUUUUCAAGAACAAACUUUCUAUAUAAAAAAACAAGCAAACUAAUAAAAGUAUUUCUUCAGAA